AUGUUGUCGACAAUCAACUGGCUUUUCUUAUUGGCUUUGGCUAUUUGGAAGCUUGCUCACGCCCAUCGUCUGAGACGUCGCUCCAAGGGGCUCCCAUAUCCGAAUGGGCCAGUGGCCGGGGCCCUUGUUGCUUACUCCUUCCUUCGUCCGCAUCCGAAAAUAUCACUCCCUUGGAAGAAAUUAUUCGACAUGUGGAACACUUACGGGGACAUCAUCGGUUUCGAUCUCUUUGGCCGUCAGAUGAUUAUUAUUAACAGCUACGACGUGGCUAAGGACAUGCUCGAAAAGAACGCGGCGAUUUAUUCGGAUCGCCCCACAAUGGCUAUGUUCGGGGGACUGAUGGGUUUUUCAGACACCUUUGCCCUUGCCCCUUAUGGAGCACUUUGGAGGGAGCAGCGGGGAGUACUUCACCAAGUGAUCGCCAAAGGUGCGAUGGCUGGAUUUCACACUGAACUUUGGGAGUCAGCACUCCGGAUACUCGCCGACGCUCUCAAUAAUCCGCAUGGGGUGAGCAAAAGUCUUCGUUUGCGGAUUGGCGGAAUGAUCCUCAAGACGGCAUACGGAAUAACGAUCACAUCCCUCGAAGAUCCGUAUUUGAAGGACGCCGAAAAGUUGAUUCAAGCAAUUACUUCCGGCAUGUUUGGCCGGUAUCUCGUUGACUUCUUCCCUUCCCUCGCCCACAUUCCUAGUUUUUUCCCAUUCACUGGGUUCAAGAAGGAAGCCAAAUAUUGGCGUACCGCUCACAUGGAGAUUAUGAAUCGACCUUUUGAGUACGCAACAUCUCAGGAAGGGAAGAGAAGCGAACCGUCGUGCCUUGUGAACAGACUCAUAUCGUCUGGGAAAAAUCCGGAUACUGUCAAAAUGGCCGUCGGCACUUUGUAUGCUGCUGGGACCGAUUCGACGGCUACCGUGAUUAGCGCAUUCCUUCUCUCUAUGAUGCUAUUUCCUGCAGUACAGCGAACAGCACAGGAGGAAUUAGACUCAGUACUGGGGACAUCAUCUAGGGAUGAAGUCCUGCGUUUGCCGACGUUUGAUGAUCAAAGCCGGCUCCCCUAUCUCGAGGCCUUGAUCAAGGAGGUAUAUAGAUGGCACCCAGCAACACCAAUGGGACCAGGUCACGCGCCAAUCCAGGAUGAUGUUUUUGAGGGUUACUUUAUACCAGAUGAUACAUUCAUCGUGGCGAACCAGUGGGGGAUGAGCAGGGAUGAGAACUAUUACCCUGAUCCCGAAGAAUUUAGACCUGAACGCUACUUGGGGGAGAAUCCAGCUCUGAACCCAAGGGAUAUUAGUUUUGGGUUUGGGAGAAGGAAAUGCGUCGGUUUACACUUUGCAGACGCUGCCAUCUUUAUCACGAUUUCAUUCAUUUUAUCAACCUUAAAUAUCUCCAAGCGCGUCGGAGAUGGUUCCGUGGAACCAGACCUCCGUAUAGGCCACGCGAGCGUAAUUGACAACCUAGCUUGUAAUUUGACGCCUAGGUCUCCUGGUGCUGCUGCACUUAUCAAUGAAACACUCCAAUCUCUCGAUAAUACCCCCUGCAGGCAAGGAGCUCAGGCCAAAUAA